AUGUUUGGGGAUUACGUCAGCCUGGCGGGCAGGGGCCGCGGGGACAGCGAGGGAGGCGGGCUCCGGGCGGCCUCCCGCCCCCAGGCCUCGGGACAAUGCUGUCAUUGCGGCUUGCAGUCCCGAUCUGUCCCCUCGCCCGCCGGGGAGGCCCUGGCUGGAGUCUGGUGGGAGGGAAGCCUGACGGGGCCCCCGGAGGCCGGAGUGGGCAUGGCCUCCUGGCUGGGGGGCGGCUCGGGCGGCCCCGACCUGCUCCUGGUGUUGCUGGUGGUCAUCCUGCUGGUCCGCUUCCUCCUGUGGUCCUGCCUCGGAGCCUACCUCGACCGCAGGCUGGCCCCGCCGCGGCCCCGGCCCCCCAGACCCAAAAGGGACUAG